AUGAAUUACCAUGAAAUAUCUCACUUCAGCCACCAACACAAGCUUAAGUAUGAGUACACUGAGUUUCCAUUCAAGUGUGAUGGCUGCAAGGAAGUUGGUAUAGGUUCCCUUUUCAAAUGCAGCACUUGUGACUAUGAUCUUCACACUCACUGUGCCCUUCCUUCAACCUCCAUCUGCCACCUUUUCUACACCAAAUGCUCCUUCCAAUUCCUCCCCCGCCCACCGGGAAAUACCCCUCGUUACUGCAACGCCUGUGAGAAGGAUGUCACUGGUUUCGUUUACCACUGCAAUUCGUGUGGAUUCGACCUUCACCCGUGUUGUGCGAAGCUCCCUAUGAUGCUUGAUGAUGGUGAAGUGAAGUUGUAUCUGUAUAGGAAAGUUAGUGCCCCAUGUCACCGAUGUGGGAGGAAGGGGAGAAGCUGGAGCUACCGAUCCAGCUGCAAAAAGUACAAUUUGCAUGUGGCGUGUGUGAAGGAGAUGCUCGUGGAGAGCUGGCAUGGAUAUUUAUGGCGUGGGAAUAGCAGGAAGUUGGAGACGAGAAUUCCGAGCUUGAAAUAUACUCUGCAGACCUACCCCCAUAAGAGCAAGGGCAAGAAAGUGCAGAAAUGUUGUGAGAUGGCUGGUUUGGCUGUCCAAUUUAUUAUCUCUGCUGUUCUUGGAGAUCCUACUACUCUUAUUGCUGGGGUUAUUGGCAUGCUGAUGUCAAAAUGA